AUGAUAGAUAAUGAAGCUCUCGUUGACAGUUGGCUCCGUGAAGAAUCAACAUGGCAGCAACAAUUUCGUGGUUGGGAUUUUUCACAGCUAACUUCCAGUGGGCGAAUAUCAUUUAAUAUGUCUGAAGAACAGCUUGGUUGGGAUUAUAAAAAGUUUAUUUGCCAAACACUCGCAAAACUCUCAGAUGCAAAUGAUAAUAACAAGGAUGACGAAAUUUAUUUACUAGAUUUAGGAACAGGUGGUGGUGAAUAUUUAGAAGAAAUACUACCAAGACUUCCGAUCAGAGGAAAAAAGUUAACAGUAUAUGCAACAGAAUCAUAUAGACCUAAUUUUCUAUUAGCUAAGCAACGUUUGACACCAUAUGGCGUUAUUGUUAUUCAAACUGAUUCAGAUAGUCUAAAUAGUCUGCUACCAUUUACGAACGACGGGCCCAAAUUCGACUUGAUCAUCUCUCGUCACACAUGUUACAAUACUCGUGAAGUCGGCCGUCUGCUUAAAUUCGGAACUGGAACCUUUAUAACAGAACAAGUCGAUGGAACAUCUAACCGAGAUUUGAUUGAAUUAUUUGGUCAUAAACCCCAAUGGCCAUAUUUUACUCUUGGUUAUGCUUCUCUAACGCUGAAACACCAAGCGCCAUUCAUGAAACUGGUUAGAGCACAAGAAUCGGAAACAAAAAGUGGAAGUGGUAGUUGUGGUAGUGGUAGUGGUAGUGGUAGUGGUAGUGGUAGUGGUAGUGGUAGUGGUAGUGAUAGUGGUAGUGGUAGUGGUAGUGGUAGUGAUAGUGGUAGUGGUAGUGGUAGUGGUAGUGAUAGUGGUAGUGGUAGUGGUAGUGGUAGUGAUAGUGGUUGUGGACGGCAACAAUGUUGUUGA